AAUGUCCGAAUACUCUGGCUUUCCAUCUAUCCGUGAUACCCUUAAAACCAUUUUUUCGAAAGCUUCUGAUGAAGAAAUUUCGAAGUACGAGAGGCAACUUGAAAAAGUAAAAAUUCUUGACCCGGUUGUUAUAAUUAAUCCGAAUCCGGAUUGGAUUCAUCAGCACGGUUUACUCGCGUAUCACACUGUUAUGGAUAAAUUCGCAACAGAAGGCCUUCACAAUAAUCGAAGAGAUGAAAAUUCACGUUGCAUUUUUCACUUCACCAGUGUUACCGAAAUGUACACCGUACGAGAUAAAAUUCACGAUGAUUUUCCCAAUGCAUUCAUGCAUUCACGCUCCAUUCAAGCAUUAAUCCCAAACGCUCAAUUACAUCCAAUUGGAACUGCAUGGAUACUAAUGAAUGUAGAAGAUCUAGAAGAACUUAAAUGUGAUUUUGGAAAAGAUAAUAAUUUCUUUCUUCGUACUGUUGAGAAGAAUUCAUCAUAUAUUAAUUGA